GCGAAGGACAAGCUGCGCGAGACAAUGGACGUGGGCAACGCCGCGCUAGAGGACAAUCUCGGGGCCAACCACAAGCUGCAAGUCAGGCCCGGCGUUGUGCCCAGCUGCAUAAACCACAAGAGCGGCAGCUACCAGUUGGCCGUCAUAUUGACAGCGCUAACUACUCCGACACGUCACAUUCCCCCGCCGCAUGGCGCAGGCGGACCGGCGCCGACGCUUCUGGCGGACGCAGGCGCCGUGGCUUCCUCGUCUGGAGCGCACAGCGCUGCUGGCGCAGCAGGCGCUGCAAAUUACCAGGACAUGGCCACCCCGUCAGCGGACAUCACCAUGGAGGAGCUACUGGCACCGCAGCCGGCCGCUGCGCCAGCGUCCCGGGCAGCGCGGGCAGGGUGCGGCGUCGCCAUGGCUGGCGCAGCCCCCGCAGCACCGAUGCCCAACCGCGUCGCGCCCACCGUGAUCAGUGAGGCCCUCGACGAGCUAGGCGUUGGCCAGAAGCGCAAGGCCGAAGUCAUGGACAAAUUCAACGCCAGCGACGGCACUGAGAGCGUGGACGUAUGCACCCCGCAGCACUACAGGGACUCGAACGCGGCGAUGUUGCCGGACAGCCACAUCCGCCUGCGCCCCGACGACUUCUUUCGCCCUUGGGGCUCUUUGGGCCCGCCGCGAGCGCCUGGCGCCAGGCUGGGCUUGGGGGCCAGGCCAUCAACACCAAUGACUUCAGAGCAGGCGGCAGCCGCCACCGGCGCGAUGCACGGCCAGACGUUGGCAGUCUCGCAGCAGGGCCUCGCAGGCUUCUCAGUGGCCGACCUCCACGGACAGUCCACGACGCAGCUGGCCACGACCUUCGGCAUCACCCGCACCUUCGUGCGUGGGCAGGGGCGCCCCCAGAGCUACGCGGUCGCG